AUGCAGCCGGAUCCGUUCGCCUAUUACAGAGCUUUCCUAGAUACGAGCUCGUCGCAAAUGCAACCGCAAACGCAAGGCCAAGGGCGCGAUCGGCAUUACAUCGCACAAGAUCACGAUGAUUAUGCCUGCCACGAUAUUACCGGGACCGGAGAUAUGCAGCACGCCAUGGAAUAUCAGCAGCAGGCCAGAGCUCGAGGCGUUCCCUACAAUCUUGCCGUUCGGCUCGCAAAUCGCUCCAAUGGCGCGCCUCUAGCCACUAUUGUGGAGCAAGGUUCUUACUCGACGCUAAACUCACAUGGCUCCCUCCUCAGCGUGGGCCGCUUCCCUUCACUCCGUGUGGUGGAAAAUGCCUCGCCGACGCGCUCGUCACACAGAAUCUCAUACACACCAGAAGAACAUGUUCUCCAGCGCAUCACAGAAGAUGUGCAGCGAGGGCAUCUGUUGAAAGCACCAAGCAAUACACACGAUGUGCCCUUGUGCAAGGAUUACAGCAACUCGUUCCGGGCUGAUGAUGCCGCAAUCCCAUCCGCGUUUCCCAGUCUUAAGCCAUCGCAAUCUAUUACCCAUCGGAAUGGCAAGGCCGACUCCGACGCUAAUACCAGCAAUGUCAAAAGCUUCUUUCGUGGCGUUAUACACAAUGUUCGAGCUGCCUCGAGAACCCGGUCUAGGUCGUCCUCGACGCAGAUGUCGCUCGUUGAGAACCAUAGCGAUCGGCCGGGUGCGAGCGAGGAUAGCCUACAAAGUCAAUUGCAGGCAUCUGACAUGUCUCAACUGGGCGAUGACACAUUUGACACGCCAUAUCGGUUCCCUACUGCAUCCCAGGCCCUAAGCGCGACUAAAGCGUUAGCUUCAGAGAAUCAGGCCAGAAACGGGCAGUCAUCCAUGGCUGAUCCUAGUUUCUCAGCUCAUGCGAUAGUCCCCAAUUCUGACGUCGACCCGUAUACGCUCGAGUCGCAAACGGCAUUUGGAGCCGUGUCAAAGCUAUUACCACCGUCGGCUACAGUCCGCCCGCAUGAACGGUCCUCUUCUGUGCGUCUUGUGUACCCGGAAGCACGCGAUGGGGCGCACGAUGGCGGUAGCGCUAGAGUACCAACGCUGUCAAACGAGGCCAACAACACUAUCUCAGCUGGACACACAUUUUAUGGUGCAGGUAAGAACAACCAUUCACUCACAGAGCAUGACCACGCGACUGAGGCUAGUCACAAUGCGAGCUUCUGUAGUACCAUGUCCACUUCCUACUCGGGAACAGUAGUUGGUGUCGAUGUCGACCUUCAGCACGACUUCCCUCAUCCAGUGCGUCCCUCGCGUUCGCCCACACCUAUCGCGCCAGUAUGGUUCACUCCGCAGAUGGCCGAGCUAGAACGGCAAGCUUCACUCUCUGAGUCACCUCCGGAGCCGGAUCAAGUUGCUGAGGCAGAACCUACGCGUCGCUCAAUCACCUCAUCCGCAUUGACGUCUUUACUACCAAUAGCUGCAGCAUCGGGCAUCGUUCGCCCCAACUACGACACACCGAAGAUUUCAUUCUUCUCGCCGUCCGGCAAUCUUAUCCAGCCAGAGGGUAGUUCGACGCCAGGCACUACGAGCGCUUCGGACUUCAGCGGCUCACCCACUGCAACCACAUCGUACUACGAUAACAAAACCACACCUGCAACCUAUCGUGCGUUCCCGACAACGACAUGCCUGCCACCCCCAAGGCCCUCUUUGAGGCCAAUGACCACACCACCCACAUCCUCGGUUCCGCUCCCUAUGCACCUACGUUUCCAUCACAACUACAAACGCCCUGAGCAGUCGCAGAUCGACUCUACGGUUGGCUCCAUAGACUCGUUCAUCUUGCCUGCACCGUUAGUUCAAGGCUGUGACGGCAUAGCGCAAACCGAAAGUCUUGCGCCUUGCUCCAGACCGCGUCAUUCGUACGAGAAGCUGAAUGUACGCCCGCGCUACAAACCUCGCAGAUCAGCUCGAUCAUUCGCCGAGGACCUCAAAUAUGAGGCGAGGUUCCACAGAGCCCGAUUGAUCACGGCCAUCAUCGCAAGUUGCACCUCGUCUGGAAAAGGAAGGGUCCUUCGCAAGCGAAAGGCUGCGAACCGUAGAGCCGCAGCAACCGCAUACGUUAGCAUGCCCCGAAGCUGCGCAGGUGAGGCUACAGCCAGACCUAGAAAGAAACGAGUACAUCCCCGUCAACCCACAGCUCGGCGCGAAGUAGGGGUCCUCGGACCGCUUGCCGGGCACAUACUGCGGAUUUGCUUCUGCCAGCCAUACGACGGUGCAGGCAAGACGACAGCCAGCGGCGCUACCAACAAGACGUGCAUUGGCAAGAGCAGCAACCACACAGCAAACACGCAGAGCGUAUCGAAGAAGGAAAGCCCUCGCUCCAACGCAAACGACGUCGACGUGGAUGCAGCCUUACCCAACGCGCGGGUCGUGACCGGAACCGAACGGAAGGUCAGCAAUACCGUACGCCAGCGCACCACGGUCCGCAAGGAGAAGAGGCACUCGUCCACCGGCUCGAAUCACCACUCCAGAACGCGCAGUGACAGUGCCGUCAGCGUGGGUGUGGCAUCCAGCACCGCUACCGCGCGUGGCUAA